ACAACAGGCUGGGCGUAAUGUCAACCAUCACCAUCAAUGCAGUUAACCAUCUCAGGAUACUAUUGUCAGAAGAAAAAUUCCUUUUUCUUGGAAACCCUGCUGAUGAGAAACUACUUCAACUCUUUCUCCACUUCACUGAUUAUGACAUCGACAAAGCGUUAGAAAAGGUGAUAUCCUAUUACAAGUUAAAAGAAAAGUACAGCGACUUCUACGCAUUCAAGAGGGAUCCUAAACUACACGAUGUGAUUCUCAAAAAAGGCAUAAACACAAUGUUAGAAGAUAGAGACCCACUGGGCAGAAGAAUAUUUGUCUACAAACUUGCUAACCUGGUGUACGGCGCUCACGAAGUCCAUGAAAUGUUCCAAGUGGACGACCUCUGGCUGACCAUGGCCUGCGACGAGGAGGAGACCCAGAGGAACGGUCUGGUCAUCGUGUUCGACUUGAAGAACUUCCCUUGGAAGUUCCUGAGGAGCUUCACCCCAUACAACAUUCGGGCGACAACUGCCAAAGCUGAGGUUAGAGGCUGCUAA